GUGAUGUUGGAAAUGGCGGUAACAGCAGCAGGAGGUUGAGUUUGAGCCUGGGACUGCUAAAUCUAUGCUGUUUGUAUUUUCCUUUGGACAAAGGCCCUGCACCCUCCUGCUGGUUGUGAGGCUUGUCUCCCAGGUGUCUCAGCUGGGGUGCUCACUUUGGGAAGCAUUAUGUUGAAGGAUGGCUGGGGAUGGAAUUGUUCUACUAGAAUGAUAAGUGCCUCUUUCAUCAAGUGGUGAUCUCUGUUCAUGGGCCAUGGAUCCCAAGGAUGCGAAGCACAGGAUGAUGCUGCCUUUUAUCCCAGGCCAGCAUGAUAAGGUUAUUGGAAAUGAGGAUGAAGAAGGUCUCUAUGGCUUUUUCUGCAUGAGGGGCAAUACAUCUAAUCCUGAAGAAGAGCCUGACUAUGCAUUAAUAGCAGAUGAGUGUCCGCUCACCUCAGAAGAACUUUUCCCUGAAUGGACAAUAAAAGUCAAACCCGGGAGAGUCUUGGAGAUUUGUCCAAGUGUUAUCAUCUUCACUGAGGAUUGUGGUUGGAGCAGAGGGAGCAUUGUUGGGAGUGAACUUCCUAGCAAUGCUAACAUAUUCAUCUUUAAUAGCCCUGCUCAGCUGAAAUGUGGACCUCUAGGGGAAAGGGAGAGAAGAGAUGAUACAGCCAGGCAGGAUGAACUGCACAGACCAGAACUGAAGAGAGACCAGUGGCUUCUGCACUCUGAGAGCAAUAGAGCUGGAAAGUGCAUGUGGUCUCAUAACUGCCCAAACCCGGACGAAGUGGAGAGAUUGCCCUGCUGUAUGUGUUUCACAUUACUAGAGGAUAAAAGGGAUGCAGAAGUCGAGGCCAAGAAGGCUUGUGACUGGCUGCGUGCAGCAGGAUUUCCUCAGUAUGCACACCUUUAUGAAGACUCACGGUUCCCUAUUGACAUCACAUCCGUGAAGAAAGACCACAGCUUUCUGGACCAGGAUUCCCUCAAAUCCCUUUGCAGGAGGCUGAUGACACUGAACACAUGUGCCUCUAUGAAGCUGGAAGUCCACUUUCAGCAUAAACAGAAUGAAGACUCAGAGGAAGAAGAUCUUUGUGCCAUCAGCGACCGAUGGGCCUUCCAGAGGGACAGCAAAAGGUGGUCCAGAAUUGGCUCUGUUGACUUUCUCUCCCGCAGUCCAGAGAUGCUGAACUCCACCAUGCGGCAGACAUCCAGCCAUGAGAGCAUCCUUACAGACCUCAGUGCUAAUCUGGAAGCUACUUCUCUCCACAGCAAUACCAGCACUGGUGGCACAAUUGGCACUGUGGUCACCCCGCCUGAUGUGUCACCCAGCCGGGACUCUCCAAAUAUCACCAAAUCCAGCCAAAGCUUGAAUGACCAUUGCUUGGCAGACCAGUCCCCAACCCAGAGUGGGAGUGCUAAGGAAAAGUCCAAGAGGUGGAGAUCCCGCAGCUUCCUAAAAAGGAUAGAAUCUCUCAGAAGGAAGGACAAAGAGAAAUCUGACUCCAAAGCAAAGGAUGCCAUCAGUGGCAGAACAGUGACCAAACCAGGGCUUCAUUCUGCAAAGGCCAAUGGGCACCUUACUGCUGCCACAACCAUCUCUCCUAAAAGAGGAAUGUCCUCCUCUUUCCAUGGCAACAAACACUUUCUCUCUAUGGGAUAUAAGACUAAUCGCACGUCAGACUCGGGUGAGAGGAAACCGGGCUCUGAAUUAAGACGCAGUGGGGUCUAUCUGGAGGAUUAUGAAACGGCCCUGAAAAAUAGCACCAGUUGGGCUGCUGGAGAACUGGGCUAUGGGCAUGUGUACAAGGGCAACUGCCUGAUACACCUCCCUGGGGACCACAAGCCAGGGACUUUCCCUAAAUCUCUCUCCAUCGAAAGCUUGUGUCCUCUCGAUGGCAGCCCUUUGGCCCACUGGAAACCUGGGAACAAAACAGUGGGGCUUUCAGGGUGUAACCUGGGGGGCAGCAGCAGCAGCCUGGAAGACUCUUCCCCUCAAGGUUUUGUGUGCCGGCAGAGGAGGGGGUCAUGCAGCUCCGUGGGUAGCCAGACGAGCAUGUACGACAACAUGCCCGAGUUUGGGAGCAGCGAAGAUCUCUUCAGCAUGGAUGGGGAGGUGAUCUACAAAAACCUUGAUGACAUCUUGCAGGAUGUCUGGGGGCUGCAGCGAAAGGUGGAGCUCUGGUCUAAGGCGCUCAGCCCCGAUCUGGAUGGAGAGGGAGAUGGAGAAGAGGAACAGGAGACGGACUCGGGAGGGGAACCCACCUUCCCCUCCAACCUGAACUUUGAAGAGCAGUCCAUGUCCGAUGUGGGCACCUCCGCCAGCGAUUUCGACAGCACGGGCAACUCCUUGAAUGAGGGAGAAGAGAUUGAGGUGCGAGAGCGCAGGGAUUCCGGUGUGGGAGCGUCCCUCACGAGACCUUGCAGGAAGCUACGCUGGCACAGUUUCCAGAACUCCCAUCGUCCCAGCUUGAACUCCGCCUCCUUGGAGAUCAACCGCCAGUCUUCUGCUCAGCUCAACCUGCUGCAGAAGUGCUCACUGCUUCGCCUCACCGCCAUCAUGGAGAAGCACUCAGUGCCAAACAAGCAAGCCUGGGCAUGGACUGUCCCCAAAUUCAUGAAGAGGAGCAAAGCCCCCGACUACCGGGACAAAAUGGUUUUUGGGGUCCCGCCAAUCAUCAAUGUGCAGAGGACAGGGCAGCCUCUGCCGCAGAGCAUCCAGCAGGCGAUGCGUUACAUCCGCAGCCAGUGCCUGGAUCAGGUUGGCAUUUUCCGGAAGUCCGGGGUGAAGUCUCGGAUCCAGGCGCUGAGGCACAUGAACGAAGCCUCCCCCGAGAACGUGAACUAUGAAGGGCAGUCAGCCUACGACGUGGCUGACCUGCUGAAGCAGUAUUUCCGGGACCUGCCAGAGCCCAUUUUCACCAGCAAGCUCACUGACACCUUCCUGCAGAUUUAUCAGUUUGUCCCAAAAGAGCAGAGGCUGCAAGCUGUCCAGGCAGCGGUCGUCCUGAUGCCAGAUGAGAACCGGGAGGUGCUGCAGACACUGCUGUACUUCCUGAGUGACAUUGCUUCAGCUGAGGAGAACCAGAUGACAUCUGGGAACCUGGCAGUGUGUCUUGCCCCAUCCAUCUUCCACCUCAACGUGUCCAAGAAGGAGAGCACCUCACCCAGGAUGAUUCAGAAGAGAGGCACCAUGGGAAAGCCUGACCAGAAGGACCUGAAUGAAAACAUGGCUGCCACCCAAGGGCUCUCCCACAUGGUCACUGACUGCAAGAAGGUGUUCCAGAUACCCCAUGAUAUGAUGCUUCAGCUGUGUAACUCCUACGUGGCAGCAGACGCCCACCCGCUCUCCCUGGCUGAGCUGACGAGCCACAGCCUACAAGAUGAGGGCAAGGACUUCCAGGCUUCCUUGGAAGACAGCAUGCAGAACCUGCUCAAAGAGUCAUCGGAGAGGUUCAAAGGGUGGCUCAGCACCCCAGGACCCCUGAACACAGAGCUCUCUUGCAAAAAGGUUGGUGAUGGGCACCCACUGCGUUUAUGGAAGGUCUCCACAGAGAUGGAGGCCCCUCCCUCCAUGGUGCUGCAGAGGGUACUGCGGGAGCGUCACCUUUGGGAUGAGGACCUGCUGCAAGGCAAAGUGAUAGAGGCCCUGGAUAAGAACAUGGAGGUUUAUCACUAUGUCACGGACAGCAUGGCCCCCCAUCCCCGCAGGGACUUCGUCGUGCUCAGGAAAUGGCGUACGGACUUACCGCGAGGGGCUUGCCUGCUGGUCUCCAUGUCACUGGAACACGAGAAGCUGCAGGUGGAAGGAGGAGUCAGAGCUGUAGUUUUAACAUCUCAGUAUCUGAUUGAACCGUGCGGGAUGGGUCGCUCCAAAGUGACCCACAUCUGCAGAACUGAUCUCAGGGGCCGGUCUCCCGAGUGGUACAGCAAGGUCUUUGGACAACUUUGUGCCAUGGAGCUGGCAAGGAUACGAGAUUCCUUCCCAGUGCUUAACCCAUGUGGCUCUGAGACAAAGAUUUGAGGUGACUGGAAGAUGCUCUCUCCUGUUUGAUCAUGAACCUCCCAGACAUUGUGGGGUGAAGCAUGGAGAGGCAACCUGGCCAUCAGCAGGCUGUUGGCAUCUGGUUGUGCGGAGCCUGUGCUUUACCAGGCACAUGAGCAUGACCUUCCUUUGAAUCAACCACCAAUCCCGAAGGAGACGGCCGUUGUCUCCAUCUCCAUGGGAUCCCUUUCUCCUUACCACCAGAGACCUUCAAAGCUGUGUCCAGCAGCACAUCCUGGGCACAAGGGGCCAAAACGAAGCCUUUAUUUCCUGCUUCCAGAAUCCCCGCUGCAGGCUGAAAGGCAGCAACAGCCUCCUUCCUAAAGCUCUGAGGAGCAGCUGUGCAGAAAUGAACCAGUGUGCUGCUUGCUGGGGAGAGCUGCCCCACCAUCACCUGCCUGCCAUGGAGAGAGUGGGGCUUGGGAAAGGGGUUGGGGAGUACAUACAGCAGGCUGAGCCAGGAAGCAACUGGACCAGAGUCAGAUGCCUUAAUUGCCCCCUUUGCUGACUGACCCUGGGCUCACCCUUUCAGCCCAGAGACUGGCCUCGGCCACGAGAGUGGUGGUGUGUGAAGGGACCAGAGAUGAUGCUGAUGUGUAGGAGAAGGGAGAGAGGGCGGAGCUCGUGCAGUGUCUGCAUGGCUGUGUGGUGUCAGGCAGAGCGUCUGCUGGGGAUGUGACUGUGUGAGGGGCACCAAGCAGCAUGACACACAGGCAGAGAGAGACAGGCUGAGGAGUUGGUUCAGGUCAGAUGGGUGUUAGGUUGAUUUGGUUUCUAAUUAAGCACUGCCAUGUGUUGAAUGGCAAAACAGAAGCUAUUUUACUCUGGGUGCUGAUUUCACUGGGAAGGACUCCAGGUCUGUGCCUUCUAUUUGAUCAGAUACAAGGAACCUCUAUCACCCCUGUUUUCAGCACGGGGUCGUGUGGACCGAUGAAAGAGGAUGCAACUAUUGUGCUAUCUAAGGGCCCAGUCCUAAUUCUCAUUGAAUUAAUUGAGAGCCUAGUCUUUCACGCUAAUAAAUUGGGUCUUAGAUCGAUGGGUUCAAAUUCCAAAGCAUUCACCCUGUCCAAGCUGUGCAAGGGGAAGGGUUGCCUUUGCAAGGCUGGGAGUGAGACCAAAAAUGAGCAGUGCAGCUCACGUCCUCCCUUGGGCUGGUUUUAGCAAGCCUCAGGGUUAGACUUCCAUUGCCUUGAGGUGGGAAGUGAAGAACACCCCCUCCAUUACACAGACACACCCUUACACAACGAACUUUAGCUUGGCUGUGGGGAAGAUUUAAAAGCAUUGGCCCAUGACAUGUGACCAUGGGGGCGGGGGGAGGUUGAUCUGAUAACUGUAUUCUGCCCCCCACUGAGAGAGUAAUGUGCGUUUGCCCCAAACUGUACAACAGAAGUGCCAUUUUAAUCAGGCGGGGGGAGGGGGGAAGGAUUGGGUUAGUGCACCCUAGUUUGCCCUCAUUGUUAUGGACACUAGCUCUCCCACCAAAGAAGCAGUGCUCGCUCCACUGCAAAUGGGAGUGAAAGGCAAGUAACAGUGUUAGAACGUAACUCUUCAUCCAAGGAUCCCACUGCUCUGAUCAUGUCCCUCCUUCCCUCUAAACUCUUAACAGUCUGUCCAUGACAGGAAGUGAUAUGCACUUGACGGGGUUUCUUUUUUAAUCAGGGACCCAAAUGACUAGACGUUGUUCCAAAUGGAAGGCAACACAACCCACUGGCGGGUGAAAUUGUCAGUUUCACCAGUAACAAUCUGCUUUCUUCUCUAAUGCACACCAGCUAUAUUCUGUUUGUUCGUUGUUGUAUAACUAACGUUUGGGACUGAUUCUCGCCUCUUUUUAAUGUUUCUUUUCCAAUCUAUAAAUACUGUACAGUUGGAAUAUUAAUAUAUAACUCAGGCGGUAAGAGCUUGGUGCUGGGUGACGAACACCAGAGUGACGCGUGUUUUGUAUUUAAGGGACUUUUUUGUAUCAGAUGCAGCCGCUACAGAUUGUCUGACUUCAAAGGGGGCUGUGGUUCCCCCUCCGUGUAGUAAUAAAGUACUAAUGUCAUCUACUGGCUAAUGAUGAAA